AUGGCAGACAUCAAGGCACCUUCGAUCGAGGACGCCAAGCCGGCGCCCGGCGAAAUCCGCGAUGACUCGACAUCAAGUAUUUACAUCGACCCCGAGAAGGAGAAAGCCGCGCUGAGGAAGUUCGACAAGUACUUGCUCCCGGUCGUGCUGAUCUUCCUUGUUCUCUCCGCGUUGGACCGGACCAAUAUUGGCAAUGCGAGAGUGUUCGGCUUCGAUGAAGACCUCGGCCUCGUUGGCGGCCAGUUUGGAAACAUCAACACGCUGUUCUUUGUCACCUUCAUCGUCUUCGAAACGCCCUGGGUCAUGGCCAUCAAUCGCUUCGGUCCCAACAAGGCCCUCGGCACUGCUCUCAUCCUCUGGAGCAGUGUGACCAUCGGUAGUGGCUUCGUCCGCACCUACGCCCAGGCCAUCGUCUGUCGUCUUCUGCUGGGCGCCACCGAGGCCGGUGUCUCACCUGGCUUCGCCUACCUCUUUGCGACUAUCUACCCGCGCAGCUCUACUGCCAAGCGCAUCGCUAUGGGAAACGUCGCCAACACCAUCUCGGGAGCCUUCGGAGGCCUGUUCGCGUAUGCCAUCCAGACAAUGGGAACACGGCGUGGCAUUCAAGCUUGGAGAUGGCUCUUCAUCAUCGAGGGUUGCAUUACCUUUGUGGUAGGCGGCCUCUGCUGGCUGUUCCUCCCUCGCUCUCCCGAAGAUGCCUGGUUCCUGUCCGCCGAGGACAAGCACAUCAUGGAGCUCAGGAAGCAAAAGAACAUCGAAUACCGUGGAGAGAACAAGUUCAAUUCCAAGUGGAUUAAGCUUGCUUUCCAGGACCCGUUCAUCUACAUAGCUGGUGGCGCGUUCUUUUUCUCCUCUGUCGCUAUCACAGGCUUCAGCAUCUUCCUACCCACCAUCAUUCGAGGUCUCGGCUACGCUUCGCUCAAGGUCAACUACCUCACAAUUCCUGUCUACAUUUGCGGCUUCCUCUCUCUAAUUGUUCAGUGCUACUUCUCCGACAAGAUGCAACAACGAGCUCUGUUCCUUGUUGGGUCGGCACUGCCCGUUGUGGCGGGUUAUUUGAUCUGUGUGGGCACACCGAACCCAACUGCAGGUUACAUCGCCAUGUUCAUUUUGUCAUUCGGUAUGCAAUCCAACUGUCCCUUACUUGAUAGUGGAUCAGUACUGACAGAGGUAAUUCCGCUAGGCGUCUACUCUAUCUCCACUCUCGUUGUCACUUGGGUCGCUACGAACUUGAUGCCGGACCAAAAGCGCUCCGUUGCACUACCUGUCUUCUACUCGAUUGGCAACCUCUCCGGACUCGUGUCGUCCCAGCUGUACCCGAGUCAGCAUGCGCCACGAUACGUCAUUGGCAACUCCAUAUCGGCUGGUCUGGAGUGUGUCGCUGUUUGCUUCUUCGUCUCGGGCUGGUUCCUCCUAAGGAUGCGGAACAAGAGGAAGGAGAAGCUAGUUGCCGACGGAGCGACUACAAACGGUUUGGAAGGCGAUAUGGCUCUGGGCUUCAAGUAUGGACUAUAA